CCCUCCCGGCCCGGCUAUUCAACACUUGACUGUGCCAUUUCUUGCAAUUCAACCGGCCUUCUCUUUCUCCUUUCUUUUUAUUUUUCACGUCAUACAGUUAAAAGGUUAUUACCAAGUCCCAGAAGGCCAUAUACCUCUGCGUGUAUGCCCGCAGGCCGUUAAGCAUCAGUCUCCACCGACAGCAAAACAACAACGACAUGCCGCCUCCCGGCGUAUUCACCUUUGACCAAUCAUCCGACGAGUCGCCAGAACUUCUUCCUCGCGAUGCUCUCCCAGAGACGGAGCACAUCCCAGAAGUUUCUAUGGUGGAGGAGAGUACCGUCACCGGUGUCACUUUUACCCCCGAACUUUGGAUGCAACGACGACAAUGGGCACUACAAACACUUCGUAAAGAAGGUGUACGAUCUGUCCUCGAUCUAGGUUGUGGUCCAGGUGCUCUUCUCGAGACUCUGGUCAUGCCAGCUUCAACUAUUUGCGAGCCCCCUAUCAGAGAGAAGCCGUCUGAAACCCGUCAUGCUGAGGAUGAAGAAGAAGAUUUUGAUCAUGAAGACGAGCUUUUCAUUGGCCGCCUUGCAGGUAUCGACGCCAAUCCUGAAGUUAUGAACCCCGCCCUUUCCGUCCUUUCACCUCAUUCUGAAACAUCGACAUUUCCCCCUCCUCGACCCCGAUGGGAGCCUAUCACUACCGAGCUAUGGCUCGGCGGACUCGAAAAAUAUAAUGCGAGGCUUGAAGGUUACGAGGCGAUUACGGCGUUGGAGGUGAUUGAGCAUUUGGAUCCGAAUGUGCUCAGUCGGUUUGGCGUGGUUACUUUGGGUACUUAUCGACCGCGAAUUAUGCUUAUCUCGACUCCUAACUUUGACUUCAAUGCCAAGUUCCCCCAAGCCAAUGGGGACUGCUUUGCCAAAAAGGGAUUUGUCGACCCUACUGGAAGAACAGAUCGGGUUUUUAGACACUCUGACCACAAAAUUGAGAUGACUGGUGCCGAAUUCAGAAACUGGGCAGAGACCGCAGCUGCAGAUUGGGGAUACGAUGUCGAGGUUUCUGGCGUUGGCAGCUCUUCUAUUCCGUCAUUCUACCCCAGUGAUGACAUCACCAAGCCUCCUCGACCUAUCUAUGCGUCACAAACCGCCAUCUUCCGAAUUGCAACUGGCAUGCCCCUCCGUUCACCACGCUCUGUUCGCACUAUGCAGCUCCCAUUCACACCCUCCUCCAAAGAAUCCUCGCAUCCACACAAACUUGCAGGAAGAUUUACCCUUCCAGCCACCGCUCCUGGUAUUGGCCAAAGGUCAUCCCCCGAGGAGGUCAGAGUCAAGGUCCGAGAAUUCUUUACAGGCUCUAGCGUGAAUGAAGUGUCACUCGAAGAACUUUGGGGUGUGCUUGACAUUGCUGGCGCUUGUGGUGGAAGUAAGCGAUGGCUAGUUGGAAGCCUUGGAGGGUAUGGAGAUUGUCCUGCUCUUGAUGCGAAUGAUGAAGACGAGCUUGAAUUUGAGGUUAAGAAGGUGAAAGGGGUGGGAUUGUCAGUCCAGUGGAGAGAAUGGACACCGAGAGCGGAAGAGAAGCCGAGAAGUUGGGGUACGCCUGUACAAAACGAAAGCGAGCAUACCUCUCCCGCAGCUGCUCAAGGGUGGUAGCAAAGCUAUUACGAAAGGAGGCGAUAGGGCCAUAAGAGCAAAGAACGAAUAUGUGAAAAGCAGGCAUGGUGUUGAAGAACUGUAAGAAAACACCGCAAGCGGCAGCAGGGAGAAAAAAUUUAACAACAUACCACCCAUCACUCAUCACUCAUUUCCUCAGGAAUUAUGUCUGUCUUUUUAGUAAUAUUUUCUUCUUGUUCGCGUUAGUCUCAAUUAGGGUAUCAAAAGGAGUAAAUGUUUAUACGUUUGCCCACUUUUCUGUAAACCUGGAGACGGUGGCCGACAACAAAAAGUUGCUUGUGGGCACUAAAUACAUGUUUCGUUAAUUCAGAAUUGUAAACCAUCUGGUAUGCAUGGUUUAUCUGUCCUGCAGCAUUCGGUGUGUAUGGGACGAGUGUGGUUUCGACCGAAGUCUAUCGAUGAUGUAUGGGGAAUUGUGUGGGAGCGAACGAAGCUAUCACGAGUGAG